CACGAUUUUAGGGCGCCGCCAAAUAUCUCCAAGUGACGUGGAUCGCGCAUUUUUGGACACAUCCAAGCCACCGCUCCAUUGGUUGACAGCCGAGCCUUUUUUUUUUCUGAGAAAUCAACGAUCAAAAAAAGUGACUGCAACACCCACUGGGAAAUCGAACAAUUGAAUUUUUUUUCCCUUUUUUUUUCAUUCUGCAUCUUUCAAAUAUAUCAUUAUGGCUGAUAACUUGACCAUUCCUAAUCCCUCGUACGUUCCCGAGACUCUCUUGAAAAAGAGAAAGAUCAAUGAAAAGAAGGCCAUUGAAACAGCAAGAGAACGAGCUGAAUUACGCAAGGCACAGAAAAAAGUCAAUCGCAAGACCCAAUUUAAGCGAGCGGAUGAGUUUGUGCGUGAAUUCCGAGCCAAGCAGAAUAUGGGGAACAAGAUCCGUAAGCGAGUAAAGAACAAUCAGCGAUCCGGUUUGGAAACAUCGGAUUCGAAGUUGUUAUUUGUGGUGCGUAUCAAGGGUGACAGCAAAGUGCACCCAAAAAUGACCCACGCAUUGAAGAAAUUGGGACUGCUUCACAUCAACAAUGGUGUGUUUGUGCGUUUGAACAAGGAUACAAAGAAAUUGAUCGACAUUGCCGAACCUUACGUGGCUUACGGUGUUCCCAGCUUAAAAACGGUGCGUGAUCUGGUGGUGAAGCGUGGUACGGCAAGAAUUGAAGGCAAGCGAGUACCUAUUUCAGACAAUGCCAUGGUCGAAGAACAUUUGGGUGCCAAAGGCAUCAUUUGUGUGGAAGAUAUCAUUCACGAAAUCGUUACCCUCGGAGAAAACUUUGACACCGUCAAUGCAUUCAUCGGCUCUUUCCGUUUGAGCAAUCCUGUCAAGGGCUGGCGUCAAAAACGAUUGCAACAAUUAACAGACAAGGCCGAAGGCGUCGAAAGCAUAGAAAGUGACAUUAACAAGUUGGUCGAAGCCAUGAACUAAGUCGACUGAUUUUUCCUCUCUUCCAUAUUUUUUCUUUUUUUUUUUCUCUUGUUUGCAAUCAUUCAUUUAUUUCAUCAAGCUGCUUAUUUUUUCAUGUUUUCUUAUUGUCCGUAUAUGUUCACAGAUUGGUGUAGGUGGGUCAUCCCCUAAUUAAAAGGUGUA